AUGAGACAAAAACGCUUAAAAUCAUAUAAAAAAUUGAUGCAAAUAUAUAAAAUAAGCUUCGGAUUUAGAGAACCAUAUCAAACAUUAAUUGACGCCGAUUAUUUACAAGAUUCUAUAAAAUGCAAAAUGGAUGCAAUAAAAUUACUUGAACGUAUUCUUCAAGGAAAAGUAAAACCAAUGAUUACUCAAUGUUGCAUUCAAAAAUUAUAUGAAACUAAACAGCAGGAUAUUAUUUCAAUAGCAAAAGCCUAUGAAAGGCGACGAUGUAAUCAUAAAGAUAAUCCUUUGCCACCUGAAGACUGUAUUUACAGCAUCGUUAAUAUCAAUGGCAAAAACAAACAUCGAUAUAUCGUUGCAACACAAUCUAUACAAAUUCGAACAAAACUGAGAGAUAUUCCUGCUGUUCCCCUUUUUUACAUCAGCCGAUCUGUCGUUAUUCUUGAACCAUCAUCAUAUUCAACAAUUAGAGCCAAACAAAUCAUUGAACAAAACAAACUUGGUCUUAAAAAGGAAGAAAGUGAAAAAAUUCUCGGCACAAAAAGAAAAAUAAAUAAUGAGGAUUCAUCUUUACCAAGAAAGAAACGAAGAGGUCCCAAAGAACCAAAUCCAUUGAGCGUUAAAAAAAAAAAAACUAAUUUAAUACAAAAAAAACAAAAUUCUUCUAAAAUUUUAACAAAUAUAAUUUCGCAUCAAAAUACAACUUUAAUCAAGAAAACAAGACGUCAUUCAAGGGGAAAAUCACACAAAAAAUUAUCAUGA